GAGAUGGCCACUCGGAGGCUCUCCACGGCCCCCACUGGCAUGGCUCCCCUCCCAGCACUGCCCUCGCUCUUCCUCCUCCGCCUGCUCCUCUUCCUCCUCGCGCUGCUGCCGGUGCCCUCCCUGGGCUGCCCCGGUGGCUGUCGCUGCUACAGCCUGACGGUGGAGUGCGGCUCCGUCGGCCUGAAGGACAUGCCGCAGGGCAUCCCCUCCUCCACGCAGACCAUCUUCCUGCAGGACAACACGGUGGGGCAGAUCCGGCUGCAGGACCUGGCUGGCCUGGUGGAGCUGCACUACCUUUACCUGCAGAACAACAGCAUCUCUGCGCUGGAGCCCGGCGCCUUCCAGAACCAAGGGCAACUGCUGGAGCUGGCCCUCAACGGCAACCGCAUCCACCUGAUCAACGCCGAUGUGUUCCGUGGCCUGGACCACCUGCGCAUCCUCUACCUGGCCGGCAACCAGAUCACACGUCUGCAGGACUACACUUUCCGCGGCCUACAGCGUCUGCAGGAGCUGCACCUGCAGGAGAACAGCGUGGAGAUGCUGGGGGAGCAGGCGCUGGUGGGCCUGUCCUCUCUGGCCCUGCUGGACCUGAGCAGGAACAACCUGCGCACGCUCGGACCGGCCACCCUCAGACCACUGGUCAGCCUGCAGGUGCUGCGGGUCACAGACAACCCGUGGCGCUGUGACUGUGCGCUGCACUGGCUGCGCAGCUGGAUCAACGAGGAGGGCCAGCGUCUGCUGAGCUCGGCCGAGCGCCGGCUGCUGUGCUCGGAGCCGCCGCGCCUCUCGCACCUGAGCCUGGUGGAGGUGCCGGCCAACAGCCUGGUGUGCAUCCCGCCCGUGGUGCAGCUGGAGCCCAGCCACCUGACCGUGCGCCUGGGCGAGAGCCUGCGCGUCUCCUGCCAGGCCUCCGGCUACCCCCAGCCCCAGGUCACCUGGAGGAAGGCGUCCCACGGCAAGGCCCAGCUGUCGCCCCGCGGCCUGGUGCAGGAGGUGGGGGCGGAGGGCGAGGGCAGGGCGGGGGGCGGCCGGGUGGUGACGGCGCGGCCGGGGGGGAAGAGCGCGUCCAGCGGUCAGGGAUCCACGCGCGGGGCGGAGGACGGUGGAGGUGGUAAAGGCGGCGGCGGUGGCGGCAGCAGCGACGGGGAGCGCUUUGACCCGGACACGGGCAGCGGGAUGCUCUUCCUGAGCAACGUGACGGUGGCCCACGCCGGCCGCUACGAGUGCGAGGCCUGGAACCCCGGCGGCGUGGCGCGCGUGACCUUUCACCUCUCCGUCAACAUGUCCUCCUCGUCCUCCCCGUCCGCCCUCUGGCCCCGCCUCCACUCCUCCUCCUCCUCUUCCUCCUCCUCUUCCUCCUCCUCCUCCUACUACCACCCCUCCUCCGUGGACGUGAGCCAGGAGCCGCUGUACGAGCUGGAGAGCAUGGACUUCAACGCGCUGGGCCCGGCCACGCAGACGGCCAUCGCCGUGGGCAUCUCGCUGCUGGCGCUGACCGCCCUGCUGCUGCUCGUCAUGAUCUACAGCCGCCACCGGCAGCGCGUCAAGGAGGAGGGCGGCGGCGGCUGCGGCGGCGGCUACGGGGGCUACGGCGGCGGCUACGGCGCCAGCAAGGAGGAGAGCAUCCUCUACGUCAACGACUACUCGGACGGGCCCACCACCUUCGCGCAGCUGGAGGAGUACCGCGACGAGCGCGGCCACGAGAUGUACGUGCUCAACCGCGCCAAGCCCGUGCUGCCGCCGCCGCCCGCGCCCACCACCACCACCGCCUGCGGCCAGCAGGGGGCGCUCUCCCCGCCGCUCACGCCGGCCGACGCGCUCUCGCUGGGCGGCGGAGGGGGAGGUGGAGGGGGAGGGGGAGGGGGUGGUGUUGGCGUUGGGGGUUGCGGCACGCUCACCCGGGGGGUGGCGGUGGGGGGCGUGGGGGGCCCGGGGCCCCGGAGGGCCCCUGCUGAGGGGGGAGAGGGGCCACCGCUGGAUCCCGAGGGGCUCUUCAUCAACCAGAGUCUGCUGUUUGACACACAGAUCGCCUACGAGAUCCACUGCUGA